AUGGGCUUCAAUAGUUCAUACAUUCGUUUCUGGGCUGGUUUGGCCAUAUCACUCUCUUUCAACUCAAUUAGCCAGUCUGCGUUCAUCCCCUUCAUCGAUGGGGCAAAGGCUGCGCAACAGGUGACCGUAAAGGAUAUCUCCACUCUUGAUAACGCCAAAGUUGUGAAAGAUAUCAAUGCCGCCUCGGAUUCGGAAAAAGGAAAGGUUCUUUUGAUGUUUGACAUUGAUGGAACCUUGAAAUCUCACCUGGAUAAAUAUAAAGAAAAAAUCAAUCCCUGGGUGCACGAUCUCCUCGGCUCUUUGUCCCAAGACCCAAGAUUUGCGGUAUACUUGAACACUGGGAGGUCAGACGAAUCCCUGCGCGCCAGCUACAAAGGAGAUGAAUUCAAGCAAAUGGGGUGGUAUGCUGAGCACGGUACACUCUUCAGUGCUCCUGGAGAUUCAAAGGCAACAGACUUACGAGACAGAACUCAAAGGCAAUGGCUUGGUAGUACAAUGGAGCUCAUAGAGGUCAGCAAGUCUGAUGGCAAAGAAUUAUGGCCAGGUAAAGCGUCAAGGGACCAAGCAAAACAGGCCACUAUUUCUUUCACCACGAGGCACCCGAACAAAGAAUUUGACCAAUUCUUCGAAGACCUCAAGGAAAAGCUGAAAGAAACAUCUGUAGUUACUCAACACAAGGAGACAAAAACCUUGAUUGAGGUCACACCAAUAGGUAUUAACAAAGGAACAGCAGUUGAUCAUUUGAUGAGGCAAAAACAAUAUGAUCUUGCGCUGGCAGCUGGAGAUGAUGAGCGGGAUUUCACAAUGCACGAAAGAAUUCGACAGAAUAUGAUGGAAGCGAAAAAAAAGGCUUAUUCCAUCAUCAUCACACAGGAUUCUGAAAAGCCAACCGCGGCAAAUUACAAACUUGGACACUUUCAUGAUUUCGUGCGAGAUCUACUAGCAGAAUUGUCACCUGGUUACAAGAACUCAUAUCCAUUGAGAAAGUCACCGUCAAUGCCGUGGACACAAUCUGUUAAACUCAAAAAUGAAAAUGAUGAAAUUCAUCAAGUAAUUCGGUAG